CGAACAGCCGCAUCCGUCUCACAACCACCAGAUGCUCAACUUCGAAAUACCAUACUGACAAUGCCUGCCCCAGGCGCCCAGUACGAAUCGUCGACGAUAACGAACCCGUUCGAGGAGCGACGCGUGUCGGCCUUCACGGCCUCGGAGAUCGCGACGCUGCAGAGCCGGCUCAACAAGCAGCUGGGGCCGGAGUACAUAUCGCACCGGACGGGGGCGGGGGGCUCCAAGGUCGCGUACCUGGAGGGCACGAAAGCCAUCGCGCUCGCCAACGACGUGUUUGGGUUCAAUGGGUGGUCGAGCUCGCUGCAGCAGGUGCAGGUUGACUAUGUGGAUGAACAUCAGGGCGGAAGGAUCAAUCUGGGCUUGUCGAUUGUGGUGAGGGUUACGCUGAAGGAUGGGACGUACCAUGAGGAUAUCGGGUACGGCAUGAUCGAGAACGCGAAGGGCAAAGGCGCGGCGUUCGAGAAGGCGAAGAAGGAGGCCGCCACGGACGGAUUGAAGCGCGCGCUGCGGAACUUCGGAAACGUGCUGGGUAAUUGCCUGUACGACAAGGAGUACUUGAAGAAGGUGAAUACGAUGAAGGUCAAGCCGGUGGCGUUUGACGAGAAUAGACUGCACAGGCAUCCGGAUUUUCGCGCAAGGAUCAAGGAGGAGGAGCAGCAACAGCAGCAGCAGCAGCAACAGCAACAGCAACAGCAACAACAGCAGGCGAUGGUCAAGGUGGAGCAGCAGACUCCGGUGAGACAUGGUGCGGGUGCGGCUGUGAAUCAGGGUGUUCCUGCAUUGCAGCAGUCUGCGUCGUCGAUUACUGCUGAGUUCGAGGAUGAGUUUGGGGGGAAUCUUUUCGAUGGCGUUGAGAUCAGCGAGCAUCAUGGCGAUGAGUUCACCUUUGAGACUGUCGACUCGGCGCCAAAGGUGAUUGAGGCUGGUGAAGCGUCCGCUCGCAACUCUGCUAACCCGCCUCAUCGACAAUCGAUUAAUCGAAUGCAGUCGAUGCCUGCCAUGCGAACUGGUGCUGGUGCUGGUGCUGCUGGACCACCACAGAGGCAGAAUCAAGCUACUUCGAGGCCGACGCCUCCUCCUGUAUCGAACGGAAGGGGUCCUCAGAAUUCCAAUGUCCAACAGAACAAUGGCCCUCCGAAACCCAUGGCACAACAACAACAGCAGCACAAUCAGCCUCCACGGACCACACCUCCAAACCAGAUGCCCCAAAAGCCAAAUGGCCAACAGCCCAACCAACAGCCGAACGACAAACCAUCAAUUGGCUUCACGACAUCCCGUGCUGCAGAGUUGAUGCAAAAUCCCGAGGCAAUAAGCAACUUGCCGGCCUUCAACCCUCACGCUGAAUCCCCUCUCCCCAAGCAUCAGCGAACACCUGGCAUAGACCACACACGAUCUCGAAAGAUCACCCGCGAGUCCGUCGGCGUUCCAACACCACCAAUACCCCAACAGCAGCCUGGCCAGCAGCCCCAGCCUCAACCCCAACCCAGCCAGGGAGGCAACAACCAGUUCCGGCCCAUGAACCCGCAAAACCGCUCGAACUUCGUGAACCCGCACCAGGACUCCAACAGGAGAAUCGGAAUGCCGGGCGCCCACGCGAUGAGCCCGCUCGCAAACCGCGGCUCCUACAAGCCCCCAGGCCCCGUAGGCGGCAUCAAAAGACCCCCUCUCGCCGACGUGAGCAACCAGAACGGUACCGCGAACCCAGACGGGCCACCAGAUUCGAAGAAGGUCAAACUCGAAGCUGGCACCAACGCCACAUCUGCAACAGAGAACGUGCCAAACGCACCACCGCCACCGGCGCCACCAGCAGCAGGAGCGUGAACAAUAAAACAAAAGAUGAAGAAAUUUGCAACUUUAUUCUAGCGACUCAUUUCAAAUGGACAACGGACGGGAUCAAGGGCGGCGUUUUAUCUUGGGAACUUGCGUGUGCGGGUGGGUGCUGGGCCGGGCGUUUUUAUGUCCUCUUUGUUUCUUUUGGCUGCAUUAUAUCCAGCUAUGAUGGGAUCUUGAGCGGAGAUGAGGAAGGGCCACAUCAUUCACAGACACACUAUUCAUGAUUUGGGGUUACUGGAAGGGGAAGAGGAUGUGAGAUGUGUCGGUUGAGAUAUGGAUCACUCAUGGCAUAACUAUAUAGUGGCAUGUCCUCUCGGAAGAUGGGUUGGUAGUCUCACUUAUAUCAAUACGACAAGGGAAUACAUUUUCAC